AUGAUUGGUGCAGAACUAUUAACUCAAAUUGAUGCUAGACUAAAACAAAUAACAGGGAAUUUUGAAACGAAUUUUGGUGGAUUAGACAUGAUUUUCAUUGGUGAUUUACGGCAACUGCCGCCUGUAAAAACAGCCAAUAUGGCAGGACCAGUACUAUGGCGAGGAUUAAAAUUUUACCGAUUGACAGAAGUCAUGCGACAAAGUAAUGCAAUAUUUUCAUCAUUAUUCACGAAAAUCGGUAAUGACAUGAUAUUAACAGAUGACGAAUUAGCAAUUAUUGAAUCGUGA